GUGAAGACUACAGGAUCAAUGCUGUGAUUUUGUCGACAACAAUUUUGGUUGUUCGAGGUGGAGAAUAGCCCCAUAGCUUUUGCUGGGACUGGCUGUGUUUGAAGCAAUGUGAUUUAUCUCCUGGAGUUGGUCAGUCCAUUACAAGCGGCCCUCGCGCGGGGCCGAAAUGGCUACCGGUGGCUCAGCUAGAGAGGAUUGGAAGAAACGCAAAGAGCUUGAGGAGGCUCGAAAGGCUGGUACAGCUCCGGCAGAAACUGACGAAGAUGGAAGGGACAUCAACCCCCAUAUUCCUCAGUACAUUUCUGAAGCACCAUGGUACGUGUCGCUGAACCGUCCCUCACUGAGACAUCAGCGCCAGCAGCCGGAGAAACUACAGAAGUUUGAUUCAUCCUGGUAUCUGAAAGGAUUAAAAUCGGGUCAAACGGUUACGAAAUUCCGCUCCGGUGCAUGUGAAAACUGCGGCUCCAUGACACACAAGAAGAAAGACUGCUUAGAGCGGCCGCGUAAAGUUGGGGCAAAGUUUUCCGGUGAGAACCUGUGCCCCGACGAGCACCUACCAGACCAGUUGGCGCACGACUUUGAUGGGAAGCGAGAUCGAUGGAACGGCUAUGAUGCGGACGACUAUCAGAAAGUCAUAGAGCACCAUCAUCAGAUCGAAAUGGCCAAGCGACGACUGAAAGCCGAGAGUCUUCAAGAAGAGUCGAAGAAAGCCAUUGAGAAUGCCAAGUCGAAGAAGGACAAGACGGAUGACAACGGCAACGUUGACGACGACGAAUCCUCUUCGAGCUCGGACGAAGACGACAACAAGCUGAACAAGGACGAUUCUGAGGAGGAUGACGAAGAUAAGUAUGCAGACCGUGUGGACAUGCCGGGAACGAAGUUCGACAGCAAGCAUCGCACAACCAUCCGUAACUUGCGUAUUCGUGAAGAUACCGCCAAGUACUUGUACAAUUUGGAUCCAAACUCUGCUCAUUACGACCCCAAGACACGUUCCAUGCGUGACAACCCGUUCAGGAACAGCGCUCGUGACGACACUCUGUAUCGGGGCGAGAACUUUGUGCGCCACACGGGAGAAGUCGACACAAUGGCACAUCAACAAUUGUUUGCCUGGGAGGCGAAAGACAAAGGUCUAGAUGUCCAUCAACAGGCAGACCCCACCAAGAUGGAGCUGCUCUAUUCCGACUUCCGCAAGAAGAAGGAGAACUUCAAGCAGGACGUCAAGGAGGGCAUUUUGGAAAAGUAUGGUGGACAACAGCAUCUGGAUGCACCGCCGGCCGAGCUUCUGUUAGCGCAAACUGAAAAUUACGUUGAGUACUCGCGGACAGGUCAUGUAAUCAAGGGUCAGGAGAAAGCGAUCACAAAGUCCAAGUACGAGGAGGAUAUCUACAUCAACAACCAUUCAGCAGUGUAUGGCUCGUACUGGGAGUCUGGUCAGUGGGGGUUUGCCUGCUGUCAUUCCUUUGUCAAGAUGUCGUACUGUACUGGAGAACAGGGCAAGAUUGCUGCACGGAGUCGCCAUGCGCAGAUGAAGACCAUCCUCGCUGAGAAGCAGAAGACGCUGGUCGAGAUGCAUAAGGCAAAGAGAGAGCAAGAAGAGGAGGCCGAGCGGAAAAAGAAGAAGAAAAAGAAGAAGGGCAAGCACAAGAGAAAGCAUUCGGAGUCGGACUCUGAGGACGAGGCUGCGCAGUCUGCAGCUAAGCUAGCCAAGGCAAUCAAGGACGAGAAGCUGCGUCGCAUGGAGGUGGAACGUGUAAUGGGCAUGGACGAACGGAAGCGCCCGUACAACUCCAUGCACGCAGACUCCGGUAAGCAGCCGACCGAGGAAGAGAUCGAGGCGUUUCACCGUACCAAGGUGCAUGCCGAUGACCCGAUGGCAAACUUCAUCGACGCGGUCUAGACGGACGUGUACACGGCGAAGAGCGGGUGGAUGCGCUCUCUCCGUGCGUGUACGUGUGUGUGAACGUUGCUGUACUUGCGCAUGUGUGUACCACGUGCGUGCACCCAAUGGCGAACUUCAUCGACACAGUCUAGGUGUGUACGGCGAAAAGGGGGUGGAUGCGCUCUCUUCGUGUGUGUACGUGUAGGUGUGUAUGUGUAUUUUGCUGGACUUGUACAUGCGUGUAUCACGUGCGUGCACCCAAUGGCGAACUUCAUCGGCGCAGUCUAGACAGACGUGUAGACGGCGGAGAGGUGGCUGCACUCUCUUUGUACGUGUACGUGUGUGUGUACUUUGCAGUACUUGUGUGCGCGUGUAUUACGUGUGUGCACGUGCUGGAUGUCGGUAUUCCCCAUUGAGCAUGCGUUCGCUCGCAUGCAUUUCAGUCUGUUCAUACAAUUUUAUACAACCACGACAAACAACAGCAAGAAUGUAUAUGCUUCAUACGUUCAUACUGUUAUAAAACUGACCUCUUGCUUCAAUUCGUUUCUCACACAUUUUAAUUAUUGAGUAGGCAUGCUGCAUCAUCACAUGUCAUGAAAGAUUUUUCUAAUCAAUGUACAUAAAACCAUACUUCAUAUUCUGUGCAAUGUUGACAUGGGGAGAAUGUAUAUUAACAAAAUAUAAAAGAAACUGGAUAUAAAUCUCAA